AUGUCAUAUAACAAGUUUGAAGUGUUUCUAAGGAAUACAGUGUUUGGUAAACUAGUUCAUUAUACAUCAAGAGGAAAGUUUUUCAAAACUAAUGAAGAAUAUGAAGAUUAUGAAAUACCCAGUAAAUACUUGAAUGCUCAAGAACCAGUAUUAGUUGAUUGGGAUGGUGAAGAUGAUUUACAAAAUCCAAGAAAUUGGCCAUUACCAUUAAAAUUAUUCUUUGCAUUUUUAGCAUCAUUCAUUUGUUUUUCAGUUUAUAUUGCAUCUGCUAUUUAUACACCUGGUAUUGAAAUGGUUAAAAAAGAUUUAAACGUGAAUACUACAGUUGCAACAUUACCAUUAGCUCUUUUCGUUGUUGGUUAUGGUACAGGUCCAUUAUUAUUUGGUCCAUUAACUGAAAAUCCAAAAAUUGGUAGAAUGCCAGUUUAUUUCGGUACAACAUUUAUCUUUAUGAUUUUACAAAUUCCUACAGCAUUAGUUAAAAACAUUACUGGCUUUUGUAUUUUAAGAUUUCUUGCUGGAUUCUUUGCAGCAGCUCCGAUUGGUAUUGGUCCAGCAGCUAUUUGUGAUGUUUUAACUAUUCCAUAUGGUCCAAUUGGUAUAGGAUUUUGGUCAAUUUCAGCUGUUGGUGGACCUGCUUUUGGUCCAAUCAUUGGAUCAGUCUUAACUGUCAAGGAAAGCUGGAGAUGGGGCUUUUGGUUUUUAUUGAUUUUAAAUGGGUUCACUUUAUUAUGUAUGACUUUUUUCUUCCCAGAAUCUUAUGAAAAAGCUUUAUUUUACAAAAAGGCAAUGAUUCUUAAAACAAAAACUGGUAAUGAAAACAUCACAUCAAGAGGUGAAAUUGAAUUAAGUGAAAUGAAUAGAAUUGAAGUGAUUAAAGAUACAUUAUGGAGACCUAUUGAAAUGACUAUGAAAGAACCAGUUGUUCUAUUGAUUCAUAUGUAUAUUUCAUUGAUGUAUGCAAUCAUGUACUUGUGGUUUGAAGCUUUCCCAAUUGUUUUCCAACAAACAAAACAUUUCACAUUAGUCACUAUGGGUCUUGCAUAUUUAAGUUCAUUUAUUGGUAAUAUGAUUGGUGCAAUGAUUUAUUUACCUUGGACUUAUAAGAUUCAUACAAGAAAGGCAAUUGUUAAUCAAGAAGUUCAACCUGAAAUUUUCUUACCAAUGACUAUAGUUGGUUCUAUUUUUAUGCCAGUGGGGAUUUUCAUAUUUGCAUGGACUUCAUCACCAGAUAUAAAUUGGUUCCCACCAAUGAUUGGUGUUGCAAUUUUCAAUAUUGGAGGGUUUAUGGUUUUCCAAUGUUUAUUCAAUUAUUUAGGAUUAUCAUUCCCAAGAUAUAUGGCAUCAGCAUUUUCUGGUAAUGCAUGUAUGAGAUCAAUAAUUAGUGGUGUUUUAGCAUUAUUUGGGCAUUUUAUGUUUAAUAAUUUAGGUAGUAAAAGGUUUCCAGUUGGAUGGGGUUCAACUAUUCUUGGAUUUUGCACUGCUGGUAUGAUUGCAAUCCCAGUUUUAUUUUAUCUUAAUGGACCAAAAUUAAGAGCAAGAUCUAAAUAUGCUGGGUUUGAUAUGGAUGAUAAAGUUGAAGAAGUUCAUGAACCAUUCGAUGAAGAAUCUAAGAAAGUUGAUGAUUUGGAGUCAGUUUAA